AUGAAAACCGGACUUCUUUACGGAAUCGUUGCAAACUCAAAAACUCGAAUGCGUUGUGUAUUUUGUGGGGUUUAUAUACCGAAGGCCACGAAAUGUAUUGAAGAGCACACAAAUGGCACGAAACAUAAAGAGAACAUAGAACAAAUGGCUGAGAACGGGAUAAGCUUCAACCAUUACGACGACCAAUUGUACUGCAAGCCGUGUAACAUUAAUUUGGGGGAAGAAGAGUCAGUACCAUCACAUCUUGAAUCCGACACCCACGCAAACUGGAUGGCCGCUAUGGACGACUUAAUAGAAGGUGAGUUCAUCAACGUAGAUGCUUAUCUGGCUGGCGAGAGUGAAGACGUAUAUUGCGAGGUCUGUAAUUGCAAGAUCACUUGUGUGCUCAGUAACAUUGAGGAACAUGUAAACGAUAUACUCCACCGCAGCAACGUAGCUGAGAAACUCAAACCAUCAAAUGGAAUAUUCCCCACCGAGAAAGACGAUGAAUUAUGGUGCAAAGUAUGCAAUCAGCCAAUUGAGAAUACGGCUAGGAGCUUACUCUCACACAUCGAUGAUAACUUUGUACACGUAAUGUGGCUCAUGGAAAUGCAGGAUCUCAUUGAAACCCAUGAAAUAUCUGUACAAGAUUAUCUUAAAUGUAAAGAGGAGAAAAACGCCUAUUGCAACAGAUGCCAGGUCGAGAUCCCUUGCAACAUACAGAGCAUCGAAGAUCACAUUGCGAACGGCGAACACUGA